AUGGGACUCUUUUUGAGCCGAUUGAAAGAAGCAAUGGAGGAGUGGAACAUUCUCGGAGCAGGAAGGUCGGCAAAAGUGGCGAUGAUUGGACUCGAUAAUGCUGGAAAAACGACGAUUUUAUACAAGCUAAAACUGCAAGAAACAGUCUCCUCCGUCCCAACAAUCGGAUUCAACGUCGAAACGCUCGACAUCGCCCCUGGUCUAGAAAUGACAGUUUGGGACAUUGGCGGUCAGGAUGUGAUCAGACCUCUCUGGAGACAUUACUACCAAAAUCUCGACGGAAUCAUCUGGAUCGUCGAUUCCCAAGAUCACGAGCGAUUCGACCAGAGCUUUCAGGAGUUUCAAAAUGUACUCAACGACGAGAAUUUACCACGAGGAGAUUUGCCGAUCUUGAUUUUUGCGAACAAACAAGAUCUUCCCGGAGCAGCAGCUCCUGAAAAGAUUACCCGGCAAUUCGGUCUUUUGAACAUGCGUCGAGAAAAUUGGCAUGUUCAAGGGUCAAAUGCUGUCAACGGCGAUGGCCUUAUUGAAGGAAUGGACAUUUUCGCAAAGAUGGUCAAAGAUCACGUGAAAAAUUCAAGACAUUGA